AUGGUUACAAGGCGGAUAUUUUCAACGGUUCUGUGUGUUUUUGAAAGGCGGAUCUCUUCGUCGGCUAUGAAUUUUGCUAGAUUUGGCUUCAAUUCUACAACACCUGUGAUCAAGGAAAUAGGAAAACUACUUCAGCCUGAAGAUACGAUUUAUCCCAUUGGACAGGUCUUUAUCCAUCGACUAUUUGCGUAUCGUGGGGUUGUCGUACUUUCUGCGAACUGCAAAGUCGAGGAGAAAAGCGCGAAAAAUAGCGAUGCAGGAAAGACUGUGAUUGAAAAGCCUUUUUACCAAGUUUUGAUUCACCGCGGCGAUUGGGAGUAUAUGGGAUUCCCAGUGAAUCUAACAACAUAUUUGGGUGAUGGAGGAACAAGACAAGAGAAAAUAUUGACCGUCAUUCAUGGAAUGGACUGUGUGGCACAAGAGGAUAUUCUCCCCAUUGCCGCCCACGAGCAGCGACCAAUCGAACACGAUCUUUUUGAUCGCAUUUUCGUUAAAGUGCCACGAGAAAAUGAAACCUCGAGUGAGUAUAAAUUUGUGAUGCACCCCGAACUCGAAAAACACAGUCUAACAAAACAACAAAACAAAUGGCUAUCUCCGUAUCACGUUUACAAGGAAGUGACCAAUCAUAUUGAAGUGAUGGCCACAACUUUUUACCUUGGAACCACGGCCUUCGGAGGACAAGUCAAACAUUUAUGGCGCUAUGUGAUUAGAAUACACAACCUCGAGCCAUCCAAACGAGUCGUUUUGCGAGAGCGCAACAUCAAGGUGUUUUCGUUGAAUAACAUGCAUCAAAUGACAGGGAUUGGAGUGGUCGGCACACAACCCGAGCUCUCGAUUACGCAGCCAGCUUUUCAGUUCAGUAGCACGGUCGAGUUUCCUCAUCCAAAGGGUGGACAUCUGUGGGGCAAAUUCAAAAUGGAACGAGUCGAGGAUCGAUCCCUUUUUGAUGUGGCCAUUCCAUCGAUUGUCUUGGAAAGUGAUGACACUCGCUCUGAAGUCUACGAGAAAGCUGAGAAUCCAACCGUG